UAAAGAUAAAUGAUUUAAUUCACGAAGAAAUAAGGUCUUCUAAUAUUAGCAGAUCAGCAACGACUCACAACUCCGGCGUCUCCGGCGCCCACUACCGCCUCUUCCGUCGCCUUUUCUCAUCUACGACUGAUGCUUCCAAGGCUCUGGAGCAGACGGGAAUUUGAGCUCUAUGGUAAUCGGGUAUUCUCGACUCUGAGAACUAGCUUGUCCCAAGUCCCUCCCGAAGUCCUCUCUGCUAAUAAAAAGAUCACAGCGUUGAUCCGAAGCGGCCGCCUCGAUGACGCAAGGGAAUUUUUCGAUGGCUUGCGGCAGCGGAACACCGUCACUUGGAAUUCAAUGCUCAGCGGCUACGUCAAACGCCGUGAGAUUGCGAAAGCGCGGCUGCUGUUCGACGAAAUGCCUAAGAGGGACUUGGUGUCGUGGAAUUUGAUUAUUUCGGGUUAUAUGUCGUGUCGGGGAAGGAGGUAUGUGGAGGAAGGUAGGUACCUGUUUGAUAAAAUGCCUGAGAGGGGAGUUGUUUCCUGGAACACUAUGAUCAGUGGGUAUGCGAAGAAUGGAAGGGUGGAUGAUGCAUUCAGGCUGUUCGACACUAUGCCUGAGAAGAAUGUGGUUACUUGGAAUGCAAUGAUCACGGGGUUCUUGGAUGAUGGUCGCGUGAAGAGAGCUUGUGAUCUUUUUAGAGCAAUGCCGGAGAGAGAUGCUGCUUCGCUUAGUGUAAUGGUGUCUGGACUGAUUGAGAAUGAUUAUCUUGAUGAGGCUGGAAAGCUUUUGCUGGAAUACGGGGAAGUGGGAGAGGGGAGAGAUGACUUAAUCCGUGCUUAUAAUACUUUGAUUGCUGGAUAUGGUCGGAAGGGAAGGGUUUGGGAUGCUCGGCGCCUUUUUGAUAAGAUACCCCUGUCCAGUGAUGGCCGAAAAUCAAAGUUUGAGAGGAAUGUGGUUUCUUGGAAUUCAAUGAUCAUGGCCUAUGUUAAAGUUAGGGAUAUGGCUUCUGCAAGUGAGUUGUUUAAUGCGAUGGAGAGCCGGGAUAUUUUUACGUGGAACACAAUGAUUAGCGGUUAUGUUAAUGCAUCUGAUAUGGAAGCUGCUGUGAAACUUUUCUUUGAUAUGAAAACACCGGAUGUUUUUUCAUGGAACUCGAUCAUCUCAGGGUAUGCACGGGCAGGGAAGAUGAAACUUGCUCUUGAUUUUUUCCAGAGAAUGCCUCAGAAGAAUCGGAUUUCUUGGAAUACUAUGAUAGCUGGAUAUGAAAAGAAUGGAGGCUUCAAAGAAGCAGUGGAACUAUUUGUUUGUAUGCAGGCGGAAGGAGAGAAACCGGAUAGACAUACUCUGUCUUCCCUUCUUAGCAUUUGUGCUGAAUGUGCAGCCCAUCAUACGGGCAUGCAAAUUCAUCAGUUGGUAUCAAAGAUAGUUAUACCGGAUAACCCUGUAUAUAACUCUCUCAUUACCAUGUAUGCGAAAUGUGGGGCUAUAUCCGAAGCCAGGACAGUUUUCGAUGAGAUGGAAUCUCAAAAGAAUGUAAUCUCUUGGAAUGCUAUGAUUGGAGGGUAUGCCUCACAUGGGUUUGCAAGAGAGGCCUUGGAACUUUUUGAAUCAAUGAAGUGCUUUAAAGUGAAGCCAACAUAUAUUACAUUCAUAUCAGUUCUGAGCGCGUGUGCUCACGGUGGUCUAGUGGGUGAAGGCAGGUCAUAUUUCAAAUCAAUGGUUGAAGAUUUUGGAAUUAAACCAAGAGUGGAACACUUUUCGUCCCUUGUGGAUGUAGUUGGUAGGCAUGGGAAGCUUGAGGAGGCGAUGGAUAUCGUUAAUAGCUUGCCAGUUGAGCCGGACAAAGCUGUCUGGGGGGCACUUAUGGGUGCUUGUAGAGUGCACAACAAUGUGGAGCUGGCCAGAAUUGCAGCUCAAGCAUUGAUGAAGCUGGAACCGGAGAGCUCUGGCCCUUACGUCUUGCUGUAUAAUAUGUAUGCUGAUGCUGAAAGAUGGAAUGAUGCGGAUGAAAUCAGGAUAAUUAUGGAGAAGAACAAAAUUAAAAAGGAACGUGGUUAUAGCAGGGUAGAUUCUAGUUACUCAUAAUGUUUGUGCUCCUUCUGGAAACUAUAGUAGAAGCAGAGGGAUUAACUCACAGGGUGCACAUUUUAAAUGGAGGAGCAAAUAAGAUUCAAACUUUAUAGGGUAUGGCAAACUCCAACUUUACUCUACUAGAUGUGAGAAAUGGUACGGUUCUUUAAGUCAUAAUUAAAUCUGUACGCAACCAUCUGCUCAAGUUAUCUCAUGUGUACCUUAAGUUUCGUGGAUUGCACGGCCUGAGGUCUAAUUCUAACAUGUGCUUUAGUUAUUCUGUAAUCCUGAGGUUUCACUUAUUUGUGGAUGUAAAUCAUUUUAUAAGCCUGUAGUUACUUGGGAAUAUACCAGUAACAUAUGUUCUCAUCGUAUGUCAUUUGUCUUUUGCCAGUUUGAUAAAUUUAUGUGAUUCCACAAAUUCAGUUUCCUUGAAAUAUUUUACUGUUUUAUGUAUUAUCUAGGUAUUAUGAAGUAAAUCACGUACAAAAGUUAUUGUUUCACUUCAAAUUUUUUUUUUUCAGCAAUUAGUUAAGCCUUUUGUGUAAUUAGGUUAUCGGAUGCCAGUCACUUCUUAUCGUUUGGCUUAUCUGAGACAGAUGCAAGGCCAUUUGGAACUUGCUAUUAAAUCACAUCCUGUGAAUAUCAUGUACUAUGGCUUUGACAUUCAUGAAGACAAUAUCUCAUUUUCUUGCCUUUGGUUGUUAGAAAUGCAUUAGGUUACUGUGUCAACAUGGUUUUCCUAUCAUAGAUGUGAUACAUGGUGAAUUUUUUCCUGUUCGAGGUAAGUAGUAAACAUGUUUAGCACUUAUCUUUCUUCUGUUUAGACCUUCAGACCCUUUAGCUGAUGCUGAUAAAGAGAAGAAGACAGUUGUAUUGAUGUGCUGUACAGGUGGAAUUCGCUGAAACUAGAUUGAUCACAAUGUUCUUGGCAUUGCCCUGUGUGCGUAUUUUUUAUUUUUUGUUGUUUCUGCUUAGUGAUGAUCCUAGAUAGUGUUUACAUAUUCUUUUGAUUAAAACAAUUGUUGAAUUGCAGUGCUUAAUACUUUCCCUUCGACAGACGUUUCAAAAUAUUGUAUACUCUAAAGGGAGGCGUAUCUAAUUAUCUCGAGAAUGAAGGUCCUGUUGGAUGGGUCAGGAAUCUAUUUGUUUUUGAUGCUCGUCUCUCUCUACCACGUUCUACAUACAAGCCAGAAGUCAGUGCUGAGGAAAGUGGAAAGCAACUGGUGUCUUUUCAUUUGCUAAAUGUUACAAGUAUCUGAGUUGAGGCACUGCAAAUCUUCAAGGGAACCUGCUCUUCCUGUAAGUUUGGUUUGCAAAUUUGGUUUGUUUUUGUCUCGGCUAUAUCUUCUAUGGAAAUUCCUCAGAAAUUGCUCAAAGUGGAACACUUUGGUAGAUCAGCUUGAACAUUACUACUUAGAUUAUUUGCCCUGAAAAACUAUGGCCAAUGAGAACUCUCUCCAAUACUACUUGAUCUGAUGCUGAUCUUGACCGUUGCAUGAUGAAAGUCGAAUGACAUACAAUCUGAUGCAUUUCAUGGUUCAUUUAGAGGGAACAAGUUGUGAGUAGCUCCCAGUAAACAAUGCCUGGCCCGUGCUACCCAGAAUCGAGAUCUUGAGCUGCGGAGCAGCUGAAUAAUGUACAGUAAAGGAAAGGGAAGUUAAAUUCUGUUUGCAGUGAUCUCAUCAUCCUCUGAUCAGAACAAGAAUGCCAUUUGUUGCUGUACAGCUUCUGUCUUCUGGAAUUCAUCGGAGUCUGAAAAGGAUUCAGAAGGAUUAAAUCUUGAGAGUUUCUGAGGUUUUACUAAAAAUUGAAUACUAGGAAUCUUGAGAAUCCGUCGCAUAGAAUUUGUUUGAUGAAAUUGGUGAUUUGUUUAAUCUGUGUGGUUUCGAUAGGCUAUUAUAUAGAGUUGGAAUUUCACAAACAAAAUCAUGUAGAGCGAUCAUUGUGUUAUUUGUUAUAUUCAGUUACAAUUAACAUGUGACAAAACAUCAAAUUGACAUACAAACAUGAAUUUAUGUUUGGCCAAAUUUACUUCAA